AUGGAGAGGAAACAUCCACUGGUAGAUGUUGGGGCGGUAGAAAAAAAACAUACCAAAAUAGCAGCGGCGGCGUCAUCGGCUACGUCUGAAAUGACUACUGGUAGUACCGAUAUACCGGAAGCACCUCCCAUCAAGAAAAAUAAAGUAUCAGUUCAAACUGAAUUGAACAUGCCCAAGAAAAUUGGAGUUGUCGCGAAGAAUAAAAUCGACAGACAGUUGAUGAAAUUAUUCUUCAAAGACUAUCAGCCUUUCGGUAUUGUAGAGGAUGAAGGAUUUCGGGAGUUCGUGAAUAUUCUUAAUCCCAAUUAUUCAAUACCAACAAGGAAAACACUUACCCAUACGCUUUUACCUGCCAUGUUUGAAGAAACGUUGAAUAAUGUGAAGUCACUUCUCAAAGAUGUUAGAAGUGUUACACUUACGACGGAUCAUUGGACUUCGAUAAACACCGAAAGUUUCAUUGCUGUCACAAUACAUUAUAUUGAAGAGAACAACUUCCAGUUAAAAUCCGUUUUAUUAGAAUGUUCAGCUACUUCUCAAGCGCAUACAAGUGUGAACAUAGCGCGAGAAUUGAAUAAUAUUGUGGUCACCUGGGGAAUUGAAAAUAAAAUAAUGCUCGCUGUAACGGACAAUGCAGCCAAUAUCCGAAAAGCAAUCAGAGAUGAGCUCAAAUGGAAACAUUUUGGCUGCUUCGCUCAUACUAUCAACCUUAUUGCUGAAGAUUGCAUUGUUUUAGUGGAUGAUCUGGUAAAAAAAGUGAGAGAUCUCGUUAGCCACUUCAAGAGAAGUACAAAAUCAACAAUAAAAUUAAAUGAGAUACAGAUACAAAUGGGAAAAACCCCCAAAAAAUUAAUUCAAGAUGUUCGUACGAGGUGGAAUUCAACAUUCUACAUGAUUGAAAGGUUCUUAGAACUGGAAGAACCAGUGAGGUCAACUAUGGCACUCUUGGAUAGUGAUAAGUUGCCAGUAAUAGUAGUUGAAGAGUGGAAGAUGUUGGCUGAUAUUAAAAAAGUUUUGGAGCCGUUAGAGGCAGUUACGAAUAUCAUGAGUGGUCAAAACUAUGUGACAUUAUCUUCAGUAAUAGUACUCACUAAGGGAUUGGAGAGCAUUUUGAAAGAAAUGGAAACUCAAGAUUUUGCCUUGGUCCAAACUAUGGUGAAUGCGAUGUUACAAAGCAUUAAAGAUCGUUUGGGAGAUUUGGAGAGUAGUAAUACGUUACUAAUCUCAACAUUUUUGGACCCUAGAUUUAAAAAUGUUGCAUUUUCUUCAGACAUUGUAGCUGAGAGAUCAAAAAAAUUGGUUAUUAACCUUGUUACCCAAAAAGUAACAGAAUCCGGAGAAGUCAUGAAACAGGCCCAAGAAAAUAUUCUGAAGCCAUCAAAUGAAAAUAAAAAUGCUCCUUCUGAAAACUACCCCUCAAAAAAGUCAAUAUGGAGUCAUUUUGACAAAAAAAUCGCUGGUCUUCAGCCUAGUGGUACCUCAAUGUCUCGAGCUAUUAUUGAAGUGCAAAGAUACCUAGAAGAUGGCCUCUUGGAAAGAGAUAAAGAUCCAUUAACAUGGUGGAGGCAACAUGCCUAUAAUUAUCCGUUCUUGAGUAAAAUUGUUAUAGAGAAAAUGGGAUCGGUGGCGACUUCUGUACCGAGUGAAAGAAUAUUUUCAAAAAUGGGACAAAUAUUAACUGAGCGCAGAUCAAGAUUAACUUCUGACAAAGUUAGCAAACUUGUGUUCAUGAAUGUCAACGUGUAA